AUGCACCACCUCUUUCCAAUAUUUCCCCCCUUCCCCCACCCCUUCGAUCAUUCCCAGACCACGAAGGCUGAGGUGCUGCAAGAGCACGAGCAGUCGCCUACAGUUGUUGCUUUCAACACCCAUGCUCUGCGCACCUCUCUUCUCUUCUUACACUCCUCGCCCCUCCGCAUUCAUCCUUUCCCAGGCCUACUGUCACUCGUGGAGGCUGAGGUGCUGCAAGAGCACGAGCACGAGCAGUCGCCCACCCAGGAGGCAUGCACGCGCCUCUUCCCCGUACCACCCUUCUCACCUCUCCCUCCUGCGCCAUCCUUUCCCAGGCCUACUGUCACUCGCCUACUGUCACUCGUGGAGGCUGAGGUGCUGCAAGAGCACGAGCACGAGCAGUCGCCCACCCAGGAGGCAUGCACGCGCCUCUUCCCCGUACCACCCUUCUCACCUCUCCCUCCUGCGCCAUCCUUUCCCAGGCCUAUUGUCACUCGCCUACUGUCACUCGUGGAGGCUGAGGUGCUGCAAGAGCACGAGCAGUCGCCUAGCCGGCCUCUCUUUCUCGUGGGGGAGUCGUUUGGUGCUCUCCUGGCUGCAGCAGUGGCGGCACGAAACCCCUCCUUGCCCAUCACCCUCGUCCUCAUCAACUCUGCUGCUCUCCUGGCUGCAGCAGUGGCGUCACGAAACCCCUCCUUGCUCAUCAGCCUCGUCCUCAUCAACUCAGGCAUGCUCUCCUCGCCGCAGCAAGAAACCCCACGCAACUUGCCACGCAGCCUCGUUCUGACCAACUCAGCCACCAGCUUCCCCCGCUCCUCCUUCCAGCCUCUCAUUCCUCUGCUCAAGAGCGUCCCGUCAGAGGCCUACUCUGCUCUCCCCUUCCUCUUCAGCCUCGCCAUAGGUACGUUCACAAGCCUCGCCAUAGGUACGUUCACAAGCCUCGCCAUAGGUACGUUCACAAGCCUCGCCAUAGGUACGUUCACAAGCCUCGCCAUAGGUACGUUCACAAGCCUCGCCAUAGGUACGUUCACAAGCCUCGCCAUAGGUACGUUCACAAGCCUCGCCAUAGGUACGUUCACAAGCCUCGCCAUAGGUACGUUCACAAGCCUCGCCAUAGUGAACCCAAUCCGCAUAGCAUCUGGCGGUCUACCUCUUGAUGCCUCUCUCUUGGAUCGCGUGGAGAAGCUAAGAGACAAUCUGCUCGGCCUUAUUCCGUCCCUGCCUCUCCUCAUAAAAACGCUCCCUCAAGCCGUGCUAGAGUGGAAGCUGCACCUGGUAGAGGCAGGCAGUGCGUUGUUCCCUUGGCCAAUCCCCACGCUGGAGUGGAAGCUGCACCUGCUGGAGACUGGUUCUGCUUUCACAGAGCCUCUGCUCUCGUCCAUUCGCGCACCGACACUCAUUAUUGCUGGGAGUGACGACCAGCUUCUUCCCAGCAAGGAGGAAGCUGCUCGCUUGCAGGAGAUUCUGACCAGAGCCAAAGCCCGGACGGUGGUGCGGGUGUUUGAGGGCUCAGGGCAUGCGCUGCUGCUGGUGAGUGUUUGA